AUGGACUACUCUCUCAAAAGACCUCAAGUCUUGGUCCAUCUCCUUCACUUCAUCUAUAUCCCACGGUCUAAAAAGGCCAUGAAUGUGAUCCUUUGUAACCUGCGGGCCAGUGACUACUUCAACAUCAUCUCCUUUUCUAACACUGUUAGUGUCUGGAAAGCUGGAGGCUCCAUCCAGGCCACCACUCAGAAUGUCCACAGUGCCAAGGACUACAUGGGCCACAUGGAAGCUGAUGGCUGGACUGACAUCAAUGCAUCUCUCCUGGCAGCUGCUUCAGUGCUGAACCAUAGUAACCAGGAGCCUGGGAAGGGUCCCAGUGUGGGGAGGAUCCCUCUCAUCAUCUUCCUGACAGAUGGGGAGCCCACAGCCGGGGUGACGACCCGUGUGAUCCUCUCCAACAUCCGGCAGGCACUGGGCAACAGGGUGUCCCUUUCCAGCUUGGCCUUUGGGGAUGAUGCUGACUUUCCCCUGUUGUGUUGCCUGUCCCUGGAGAACUGGGGAGCAGCCCGGCGCAUAUAUGAGGACACCAACGCAGCCCUACAGAUGGAGGGCCUCUAUAAGGAGCUCUCCAUGCCUUUGCUGGCAGACGUGCAUCUGGAUUACCUGGGCAGUUUGGUUGGGGCCUCCUUUUGGGCCCUUUUCCCCAACUACUUUGGUGGCUCAGAGCUGGUGGUGGCAGGCCAAGUGCAGCCAGGCAAGCAGGAACUGGGCAUCCACUUGGCAGCCUAUGGCCCUAAGGGUCAGCUUCUUGUGGCCCACCACAGUGAGGUGGCCACCAACAGCAGCCAGAAAGUCUUUGGUUGCCCAGGGGAGCCAGCCUCCAAUGUAGUCCACUUCAUACGCCACCUCUGGGCUUAUGUCACCAUUGGAGAGCUGCUACAAGCAUGUUUCCAAACCACCACUCACCAAUUACUGGCUGCCAAAGUCCUCAACCUGUCCCUGGAAUACAACUUUGUCACAUCUCUGACUUCACUGGCCAUGGUGCAGCCCAAAGAAGUCAGUGAGGAGGCCAGGAGACAGACUUCCACCACAGAUGGACCAGGCACCAUCAUGCCAUCCACUAGCAGGCAAAGCCUAGGGGCAGGCACAGCCCAGCCAGCCUUGGUGUCCAAGGUUUCUCCCAAACCAAGGCUUGUGAAACCAAAGUUCUACUUAUCCUCAACUACUCCUGCCUUUACAAAGAAGAUGCCUAGUUCCAAGGAAUUGGAGCCAUUGGGUCAUUGCCUUUGUACCCUAUCCACCCUUGCACACUGAAAGCCCAAAUUUCUGGCACAACAGAAUUCUGGCACCUUGGCUCAACCAAUGCUCAGGGUGAAACCUGAUGCCCUUGUGCCCUCAAAUUCUGGUGCCAUAUUGCUUCUGAAGUCCAAUAUGCCAUUACACCAGAAUCCUGAUACCCUGUUACCCAUGAAUUCCAAGACACAAGUCUCACCUCUGAAUCCGGGCAUCCCAGCCCAGCCCAAAGCUGGCACUAUGAAACAUAUUACUCAACCUGGUGCUCCAUCACAACCUAAACUAGAUGCCUUAUCACACCUCCAGCCUGGGCUACUCACAUCACAGUCACCCAAAAGCCUGUCACAGCCCUGGCCUAGAAUGUCCACACAUCAGAUUCUCAAAAACCCACCACACAUCAGAACAAGGGUUCCUGCUCCCAAGACCCCAAACAACCUGCUGUACCCUAAACCUGAGAUCUUCUUACCCAAGACCCCUAAAAUCCCAUCACCUCUUAAACCUAGUGCCCCACUUCACCAAAUUUCCCUAGGCUUAUCACUUUCCAAACCUAGGACCCUAAUCCCCAAUAAACCCCAAACCCUAUUAUCCACUAGACCUGCCAAACUCAGGCGCCCACCUCCUCAGAGCCUAAGCACACUCCCAAGCACAAUCUUAAGCCCCAGCAGUACCAUGACCAUUUCUGUCCUUGGAGAACCCCUCCCUACUCCCUUUCACCCCACCCUGCCCUCUCUGCUACCCCCUGGGAGGCUCUGGCAUCAGCAUGACCUGCUGAUGGAGCCCCAAAGCACCAGGCAAAUUCUGGGACCAUCUGCAUCAGGAGUCCGGACAAUGGGCCUACCCAACAGCUCCAGACUUAUUCCAGAAGGCAGCCCCCUAAACCUGCCAGCCUUGCUGCCUUCUAGCACCCUCCCUGAGGCAGUCAGCCUGCUCCUUCAGCUGCUGUCUGAGUCAAGGGUGGAGUCCAAGUUCACGGAGUCUUUGAAUCCACUGGCUUUCUGUACCUUCUUCAUGCCUGGCAAAGAUGGAAAUCCACACUGGGAUGGCCAUUCUGAGGAGAUCCUGGGGGGAGCUGGAGGCAGCAUGGAAUCUCAGGGAAGUUCUGCAGGACUAGCAAAAGGUGUGUUACCAAGCAUCUUCACCUUCUCAUCCUCGGUGGAUGGGGACCCCCACUUUAUGAUCCAUAUCCCACACUUGGAAGAGAGGAUUUGCUACACACUGGGCGGGCGCCCAGGGGAUCUGCUGCAGCUCAUAGAUGACCCAAAGGCAGGGCUGCAUGUGCGUGGACAGCUGCUUGGGGCACCAUCAAGGCCAGGCCACAAAGACCAGAUCCGCACCUACUUCCAGAUCAUCACAGUUACUGCAGACAAACUCCGGGCCUACACUGUCACCAUUACCCGCAGCUCCAUAUCUGUGCGAGGCAAGGGUACCUUGUUCCUGUCCUGGGACCAGCCUGUCCUACUGAGGAGGCCCCAGCUGGAGCUCCAUGUGGCUGCUGCAGCCUGCCUCACCCUUCGCCUUGGGCCCCACCUCAAGUUUCUAGUUCUCUGGCACUGCUACAGGAACCCCAGCACCCUGCAACUACCCAACCUGGGGUUCUGUGUGGUCAAUGGCUCUGGUCUCAGCCCCUCAGCCCAUGGCCUGCUGGGGCAGUUCCAUCAUGCAGACAUCCAGCUGGUGGCAGGGCCUAUGGGACACCAAGGCCCAGAUGUGCCUGUGGUCCUAGGCAAGAGGCUGCUGAAGGAAUCACUGAGGCUGCUGCCCCGCUAGGCUUCCUGCUGGCUGGUAAAAUGCUCUCAUGUACAGCAGCUGCUGGGCCACCUCUACCUUGCCUAUGUCAUGUGA